AGGAAGGGUUAGCAAGAGCAGAGGAGGACUCCGUCUCCACUCAAGCUCCAAUUAUCAACACAUUCAGUGGAAUAAACGCGAUAUUUCUUUAUAUCGGUAUACUGGAUAUUUUUCUCGGGAAAGUUUUGGAAUUAAAUAGCCGACCAAAUACGCUUAAAAUCCGCCUGGAGAGGAGCUACAACUUGGUUGGAGCGUCUAAUGUACUGAACGAAACGGAAGUAACUUGCCAGCUGUCUGGCCAAGCUCGCCAGUGUCUGAAUGUCAACUCCGUGGGUGAUGGAGUUGAGCAGGCAACUCUGUGGGAAGAUGAGGAAGUCCAGUAAAAGGACCCAACUCUCAUCUUCUCCUACUUCCAUUCGGGGCCUAGAGAUUCACUUUUACACACCGGAGGAGCACCAGCUCGAAUACUUCAAAGGCUGCUACUCCACGUCAGAGCUGUGUGUGGAUGCUGCCAAGAAAUGCUCUAUCUCUCCCUUGUGCCAUAACCUAUUUGCCCUGUAUGAUGAGACAACUGACACGUGGUACCCCCCCAACCAUGAGUUCAAGAUCACAGAUGAAACGAGUAUGAAGUUGCACUAUCGCAUGAGGUUUUAUUUCAGAAACUGGCAUGGCACCACCGAAGGAGAGUCUCCAGUUUGGAGACACUGCAUCAGUAAACUCAGAGGAGGAGGAUCCAGCCCACAGAAAACACCUGAAGGGACUCCCCUACUAGAUGCUGCCUCACUUGACUACCUGUUUGCCCAGGGCCAGCAUGACUUUCAAACAGGUGUGGUUCCACUGAGGAUGGCCCUGUCAGAGGCAGAGCAACAUGACAUAGAAAAUGAGUGUUUGGGCAUGGCUGUGCUUGCCAUCACUCAUUAUACCAUGAACAUGGAUAUGCCCCAGCCGACUGCUUCCCAUGAAAUCAGCUACAAACGUUUCAUCCCAGAAUUGCUGAACCGCAACAUUAAGCAGCGCAACUUCCUGACACGCAUCCGUAUCAACAACGUCUUCAAAAAAUUCCUCAGUGAAUUCAACCGCCGCACAAUGAAGGACAGCAACAUCACGCCAUACGACCUGAAGAUCAAGUACCUGGCAACGCUGGAGGGCCUGACCAGCGGCCUGGGCAGCGAGCUGCUUGAGCCCAUCUCACUCAGUGUAAUGCAGGAAGGAGAUCUCUGCAAUGGAGGCUACAAUGCAUACUACAACCAAGGUCAAGGGCAGAGCCAGAGUGAGAACAUGGAGACUUGCCAUGACAUGCAAGUCCUGGUUACCGGCACCACUGGGAUUUCUUGGAGAAAGAAGCCUGCUGCAACACCUGUGAUUGCUAAAGAAAAGGCCAAAUCAAAGAAGAACAAAUUGGAUGGAAAACAGAAAAACAACAAAAAGAAAGAAGCGAAUGACGGCUGGGUCGUGUUCUCUGACUUCCAUGAGAUCACACACGCUGUCAUCAAAGAGGCGACAGUCAUUGUCUUUAGACAGGACAACAAGAGGAUGGAGUUGCAAAUGGCUUCUAGGUCUGAGGCUCUGUCCUUUGCAGCCCUCGUGGAUGGGUACUUCAGGCUGACAGUGGAUGCCCACCAUUUCCUGUGCAAGGAGGUGGCCCCUGCUUCAGUGGUGCAUAACAUCAACAACGGCUGCCACGGACCCAUCUGUACGGAGUAUGCCAUCCACAAGCUGCGCCAGGAGGGCAACGAGGAGGGCACCUACAUCCUGCGCUGGAGCUGCACUGACUACCAGUACAUCAUCAUCACCGUGGUCUGCAGUGAGAUCGACCUGAGGGAGUCUCGUCCUGUGCGCCAGUAUAAGAACUUCCAGAUUGAAGUGACCUCCGAUGGAUACCGGCUGUAUGGCACUGAGACGUGUCGGACCACUCUUGUUGAGCUGCUGGAGCACCUGGAAGGCCAAAGCCUUCGCACCGACAACCUCCACUUCCAGCUGCUGCGCUGCUGCCCUCCACAGCCUAGAGAGGUUUCUAACUUGCUGGUGGUCACUAAAGAAAGAGCGCCGGCCCCUCAGACACCCAUGCAGGAGAGUCAGCUAAGCUUCCAUCGCAUUCUCAAGGAAGAGAUUGAACAGGAGGAGCACCUUGGCAGGGGCACAAGAACCAAUAUUUAUUCAGGCACACUGAAGGUGAAGAGUGAGGAGGAGGAAGAGGAUGCAGGUUAUUCAUCCUUCCAGGAGGUCAAGGUGGUCCUGAAGGUUCUGGGUUCUGGACACAGGGACAUCUCUCUGGCCUUCUUCGAAACAGCCAGCAUGAUGAGACAGGUGUCCCAUAAACACAUAGUGCUGCUGUAUGGAGUGUGUGUCCGCCACCAGGAGAAUAUUAUGGUGGAGGAGUUUGUCCAGCUAGGACCACUGGACUUAUUUAUGAGGAGACAACAGAGUCCGCUCAGUACACCGUGGAAGUUCCAGGUGGCCAAGCAGCUGGCUUCAGCUCUCAGCUACUUGGAGGACAAAAAGCUGGUUCAUGGCUUUGUUUGUGCUAAAAACAUCCUGCUGGCCAGAGACGGACAGGGCACUGAUGAAGGAGGGCCCUUCAUCAAGCUCAGCGACCCAGGAAUACCAAUCACAGUGCUCACCAGAGAGGAGUGUGUGCACCGUAUCCCAUGGAUUGCUCCCGAGUGUGUGAAGAGCGUGUCCUCUCUGAGCGUUGCCGCUGACAAGUGGGGCUUUGGUACCACCCUGUGGGAGAUCUGCUAUGAUGGAGAAGUUCCCCUCAAAGACAAGAAACUCACAGAGAAGGAGAGGUUUUAUGAAACUGAGUGCCCACUGGCCACACCAGACUGCAAGGAGCUGGCUGAACUGAUGACCCACUGCAUGAACUACGACCCCAAGAAGAGAUCUUUCUUCAGGGCAAUCGUCCGAGACAUAGACAUGCUAGAAGAGAAGAACCCAUCCAUCAUACCCAAGCAGACACCAGUGGUGGACCCAACUAUGUUUGAAAAGAGAUUCCUGAAAAAGAUCAGAGAUCUGGGAGAGGGUCACUUUGGUAAAGUGGAGCUGUGUCGCUAUGACCCCCGGGGAGACAAAACAGGCGAGCUGGUGGCAGUGAAGUCCCUGAAGCCUGAGAACCGUGAGGAGCAGAGCAACAACCUCUCGAGUGAGAUCAACAUCUUGAAAGCACUCUACCAUGAAAACAUUGUAAAGUACAAGGGCAUCUGCCAGGAAGAAGGUGGUCAGGCCAUUAAGCUGAUCAUGGAGUAUCUCCCACUGGGCAGUUUGAAGGAAUAUCUACCCAGAAACAAAAACAAGACCAGCGUCAGCACCCUGCUCAACUACUCUAUCCAGAUCUGCAAGGGAAUGGACUAUCUGGGAUCUCGAAAUUACAUCCACAGGGAUCUGGCUGCCCGAAACGUGCUGGUGGAGAAUGAGAGGACAGUGAAGAUCGGAGAUUUCGGCCUCACCAAGAGCAUCAAGGACAACGAGGGAUAUUACACCGUCAAAGACGAGAAUGACAGCCCUGUUUUCUGGUAUGCUCCAGAGUGCCUGACUCACUGCAAGUUCUACCUUGCAUCAGACGUUUGGUCUUUUGGGGUGACGAUGUAUGAACUCAUCACCUAUUGUGAUUCCACCAAGAGCCCGAUGUCGCUCUUCCUCGGUAUGAUUGGUCGGACUCAUGGUCAGAUGACUAUCAUCCGAUUGGUGAAGGUGUUGUCAGAAGGGAGGAGGCUGCCACGUCCCGAGGGCUGUCCUGAACCUGUGUACGGGCUGAUGCGCAAGUGCUGGGAGCACGCGCCUGAGAACAGAAUCACCUUUAAGCGCCUGGUGGAGGAGCUGCAGCAGCAGCUCCAACCCCAAAAUGACCUUUAACCUGUUUGAGGCUCUAGGAGUGAAGUUGACCUGCGCACAGAGUCUGGACCAGUUGCAAACAGCAAAACUGACCCCAGAUCAGCAUCUGCUUGUGCAGCUUCAUCGUGCUGAGAGACAGUCCUGAAGCAUCUGAGCCGUGCUCCGUCAUACUCGCAUAUAAACCUUCCACAACCAUGAGAAGACAUUUAGUCCUGUCAAUCAUGUUUGUCUGCCAUAUUUUUUUUAUUUGUUGUACUAUUCCUAUAUUUCCUAACGCGACUUAUAUGUAUUUUAGAUGAAAUAAUUAAAUCCUAUCAGAACUUGUAGCCUUCGCCCAUGCUAAAUGUGACCUUAUAUCUUACUAAGGACUUCCAAGUGUAUCUAAGGGAUAUAACCGUUUCCAUCGCCAGAAACUUCAAACUCACGAGGACUCGCUGCUCUUAUAAAAUGCACCGAAGGUCUUUAUAAUCUCUUUCACUGAUGGACAAUUGAAAGAUGGAGACGGAGUGGAGAAAGGAACUGUUUGACGCCCACUUUCACACAGUUAAACGGUGGUGUGGAGGUUUUGUAUGAUGGACACCGAGUGGAUUACUGAUGAAUCAUGUUGAGAACUGCUUGGAUGUACAAACGCAGAUACUGAAGAUGUGGUUUUACCAACACAUAGUACCACUGCUGUUUGUCUCAUGCACUGGCGUUUGCAAGAAAAUUACCUGGUUUGUAUUUUCUUUUGGUUAGAGAGCCACAAAGUGAUCUGUGAUAGAUUUUCUGUUUAUGAUGUGCUGAUGCAAGAACUGGCUUUCAUUAGAGCCUGCAAUGCUCCUUUGGCAUUUUACCUUUAAACAAAGAAGAAGAACUUAAUGCCAAACAGGUAUUGGUUUUUUAAUUGUGAUGAAUAUCUGAUUUUCUUCAUUUUAGACUGUUUGUCAGACUCAACAAGCAAAUUGAAGGCAUUUUACGUUUGACACAUAUAGGACAAGUGCUUUGCGAAAGUAAUCCACUGCUAUUACAGAUUAUCAUCUUGCAAUUUAAGUGCAGUUCUCCUGCAAAGAAAAGCUUUAAUCGAUCCGAACUCUGCGCAAAUUACUAACAUGUUAAAACAUUUGUCUGGUCUGCCUGCAAGCAACAAGCAAAGCUUGAAUCCAGAAUUUACAUACUUUCGAUCUGUCUAACAAUUGAAUCAUGACAAAAUCCAUUUAUUUUGGGUACAUACUAAUGUAUUAAUGCUGCCUCCAGACGCAGUUCCUGGAGAAAUGUGGAUGAUCUCUUUUAAAGACAUGACCAAACCAUGUUUGGUUUAAGAAUGUUUAUAGCAGCUACAUAGCAGCAAUAAUGGUUACUUCAGCAAAGGUUGAAUACGGAAAGUAAAGUUAAAUUAAUGGCCGUGUUGUUUCUACUUUUAUACUUCUAUAACAUGAAUGAACACAAAUGUGAACCUGUGAUCAAACUCACAGGGCACUGAAAUGAAAAGCAUGAGCUGUAUUAUAGGCCAAUAAAUGGCCUGCCACAGACGAGCUGAACCUUAUUUAUUAUUAUACAUUUCUAGCUGAGCCAAUUGCUUUAAACCCCUCUGCCUUGUAACUCAGCAGUUGUUGAUGACUUGCGUUCCUACUGGCUGAUGAUGAUAUAAAAAACGGUUAAUCAAAAAUUAUAAAUAACUGCUACCAUGAACGCUACUUCAACAUGCAAUCAUAAAUGUUCAAAACAAAUCUAAGGCUGAUCGGUCCAAUAGUAUAAGAGAGUAUUCACACAUUAGGAGGGAAAUGCAUGACUUAAUAAUACAUGCCUGUCUUACCCACAAUAACCACACAGAAAUGAGGAUAGUUCUUUAUAAACGAGAAGUUUGUGCUGCAGCUGCACAGAAAACAGAAAAUCUACCUUUUUCUCUUUUAUGGCUUGUGGCUCUCUAACAUCUGCCAUGUUUUUUUUUUCUUUUUCAAAUCAUCAGGAGUCAUCUUCUGCACUGUGUUAAGGUGUUUGAAGUGGUUCAAGCUGUAUGCAUUUUAUAAGUCGCCUAUGCCAAAUAUACAGCACUUGUUAUUUGAGGAGUGACACUUUAAGAGAGAUACCUGUAAAAGACACUUGAGGGCAGCAUCACAUCACUUUUCCUCUCUGUUCAUGUAGCUUUGUGAGAUGUCUCUAUAAUAGACAGCAUACUGCAAAAAAAACAAAAAAAAAAACGAGCCAACUGCCAUUGUUUCAGGUUGUAAAUGAAAGGAUUUGAGGUGGUACACAGUUUGAAUUGAAAGGACUAUCAACAUGGCAUUUUAUGUUUAUUUUCAGUUAAAGAUUAGUGACAUUCAUAAUUAUGUAUGUGCAUUUUAUUUGUAAUGUUUUCUUUUUAAUCCUCCAAUAUGCCAGAACAUUAAUGAAAGUGUAUUUUAAUUGCAAAUAUGUGAAACAGUUUGAGCAGAGGGAUUUUUCUGUUUUUAAAUUUAGCUCAGUCAUAGAUUAUAGCUUCCAAUGGUCAGUUCAUCAUGUAACUGUAAAGCUUUUACUGUGAAUGUUAGCAGAAAGGCAAAAAAAAGAGGACAAAGUUGGCUUCAGUCCACAUUUUAUUUAGGAAUGUAAAAGACAAUUCCUUCUGCUCAAAAUAAGAGAAAAGAAAUAUAUAUAUUUUUCAAAAAAUAAGACGCAAGUAUGAAUUAUGGAAGGUAAAAGUAUCCAUAAGUACACAAUGAAAAAAUAAAUAAAAUCAAUGUUGUGUUCUGUCUGUGUCAGUCCAAAUGCAAUAUAUUAUUACCUAUUGAAAACAGUUUGUUCUAUAUAUUACAGUUGUAAGUAGGCAUGCUAAAAUUGCUCUAGAAAUACCUUAUUCACAGUAAAACAAUAGCAAUAUCAGUGUGAUAUAAAAUUUUUGCAAAAUCUACAGUAUAUAUUUCAGGUCAGAAAAAAAUUCCACAUACGUAAAAAGAAAAAAACUGUUUACAAAGCAACAAGCACAGCAAAUCUAGAUUUAUCUACAGCCAUUAAAAUGUGUCAGAAAAUCAGAAAUACUUCAGUAUUGCAAAGCUUUGUGAUCAACACACACACACACACACAGUCAUUCACUAUUGCAAAGUUCAGCCUCACCACUGACCCUGUGUAAUAUACAGAAUACAUACUGGUACAAUCGUGACGCACUGAAGCUGAGAGGAGGCUGUUUACACAAGAACAGAAAAUCUGGAUUUUAACCUAAAAUUAUUCAAGCUAUUGGGGGAAAAAAAACAACUAAACUACACAAGACUACAAAUAAGAUUUUCUGUUCUGAUGUAAAUGAAUACUAAAAAUAAAACUGAUUGUAUUUUUAUGUCAAUAUAUUUAUUUUAACUAAAAGACACAAGCUGAGGCUGCAUUUACACAGAGACAGAAUAUCCUGAACUGCAGCCGGCUCACGGACAGGUUAAGAUUCAUGGACAUCCUCCGCCGCGUGCGCACGCAGGCUUUAUUUGUGCUGUGAUAAUUUCAGGGAGCUGCGCCCCUUUUUGUGUACAAUCAUCAUGAGGACUUCACGUCUAUUUUGUGGCACAGAGAGGCACAGAAAAAUAAUAGAGAUAUAACUUUUUUCUCCAUUAGUCCCAACAUUCCCCCGUAAAGUAAGAGGCUGAUAUCCUGCAUUUCCAACAGAUAUAAAAAAUUAUUUUAUACGAUCACACUGACACUGGGAGGCAGUUUUAUAGAUAAUAUUGCAACAUCAGUUAAAUCAAAGAUAUAUGAAUCGUGAUAAAUCCAAGGAAGUCGUAGACUCUAUUCAAAGGCAGAGAACCAGACAUGCAUUACGAAAAGCUGAUGAAUUAGGACUUGCAGUUCAGGUACAGAAUGACCUGUGAAACCAAACAAAGCAACUAAAAGCGAUGUACUGAAACGACACAAAAAGCUUCAAGACUUCCUUCUCAUAUGACCUUACUGUCCCAACAGGAUGUAGCUUAUGACAGUAUUAAGACUGAAGACCAAAUCUAGUGAUGCUUUAG